UGCGUUACUCGCCACUAGUGAAAAAAUUCAACUGAAAGGAAAGUUCACCUGCAGCCAUCUGCAAGCAGCGUAAAGCUCUACAUUAGAUUAAAAACGUGCACACAAGUCGCAUGGUGGUAGAUCGGACCUAAAAAACAGUGUUUACCGGUACAAUUGUACUUUAUGGUGAUCUUGUUUGUGCGCGCAGUGAUCAUACCGGUGCUUGGCUGGGAAGAAGCGCCAGACGGUCCAUACACCUAUACCUGCACAGACUUGAAAGUCCAGUUUCACAAGCGAGAGAACAAGAGAGAGGAAAAGGGGAGUUUGUUGGACCAAAUAUGUCACAGGAUACGGACAACAGCAAGAGGCUGGUGGUGGUGGUACCAAACGAGACCUCAUUCCACUCCCGGCGGGCCUACACGAGCGAGGAUGAAGCCUGGAAAUCUUACCUGGAGAACCCCCUGACGGCAGCCACCAAGGCAAUGAUGAGCAUCAACGGAGACGAGGACAGCGCCGCAGCUCUGGGGCUCCUCUACGAUUACUACAAGGUUCCCAAAGAAAAGAGACUUUUGACUUUAAACAAAGUGACUGAAAUCCAAGACGACCAUGAGAAAAGGAGCUGCCUGGGUGGCAACGAUGGGCAGAAUGACAUGGCUGCCAUUGACAACCGAGUUCAGGUGCUGAAGUCCCUCCCAGUGAACCUGUCCCUGAACUCUGAGCACUUAGAGUCUUUUAAGAGGGAGCACUACAGCACGCACGCCCAGGAGGCCAGCCCUGCUGGCAAGGGGGAGGUCUACACCCCCGUGUUCAUGAGCCCCGGCGUGCACUACAGCCGUGGGGACAGUGACGAGCAACCUAGGGUCAUCUUCGAGCCCAUCCCCUACGAGGUGCCCUCCAUCCACCACUCCAGCUACCUCAAGGAUGACCAGCGCAGCACGCCAGACAGCACUUAUGACGAGUCCUUGAAAGAAGAGCCAGAGAAAUACCGCACAUCGUCUUCAGGGCCUGAAGAAUUCCUCUAUGACCCACCAGGAGUAGAAACUUUCCAGUACAUGUUAGAAGCUACCAAAUCUCUAAAACAGAAGCAAGGGGAGGGGCCGAUGACCUAUUUAAACAAAGGACAGUUCUACGCCGUGACGCUUAGCGAGACGGGCGCCAAUAAAUGCCUUCGACAUCCCAUCAGCAAAGUCAGGAGUGUCAUCAUGGUGGUAUUCAGUGAAGAUAAGAACCGAGAUGAACAGCUGAAGUACUGGAAAUACUGGCACUCACGGCAGCACACAGCAAAGCAGAGGGUCCUCGAUAUCGCUGAUUACAAAGAAAGUUUUAACACCAUUGGGAAUAUUGAAGAAAUUGCUUACAAUGCUGUCUCCUUCACCUGGGAUGUGAAUGAGGAAGCAAAGAUCUUCAUCACAGUGAACUGCCUGAGCACAGAUUUCUCCUCUCAGAAGGGUGUAAAGGGCCUGCCACUGAUGAUCCAGAUUGAUACCUAUAGCUACAACAACCGCAGCAACAGACCCAUUCACAGGGCCUACUCCCAGAUCAAAGUGUUCUGUGACAAGGGAGCAGAGAGGAAAGUCCGAGAUGAAGAAAGGAAACAGAACCGCAAGAAGAUGAAAAGUCAGAGCGCUUCUUCCCAGUCCAACUCAAAAGACACAAACCUGCCCACGUUACCAGUGCAAAAGAAAGGAGAUACCGCCUACUUCAAAUCCAUGACGGAUCUCGAUUCGCAGCCUGUUCUCUUUAUACCUGAUGUGCACUUUGGGAAUUUGCAGAGAACAGGACAGGUCUUUGCUUUCAACACAGAAGGGAUGGAGAGGGAAGGCAGUGUAUUGGUGAAAAGAAUGUUCCGGCCUUCUGAAGAGGACUACUGCCCAUCGCCACCCAAACAGAUAAAAGAAGAAGUAAACAAACGAGUGCUUCUCUAUGUACGCAAGGAAUCGGAUGAAGUGUUUGACGCUCUGCUCCUCAAAUCGCCGACUGUGAAGGGGCUGAUGGAUGCGGUGUCAGAAAAGUAUGGAGUUCCCAUUGAAAAGAUGAUAAAAAUGUACAAGAAAAGCAAAAAAGGUAUUUUGGUCAACAUGGAUGACAACAUCAUUGAGCACUACUCCAAUGAAGACACUUUUGUAAUGCAUAUUGAGAACAUUGGCGAUGCCUACAAGAUUACAUUGACAGAAAUCUAAUGGGCCUUCGGGUUUGCUGCCUGAAAACCCGAAGCUAUCAUAUUCUCAGUUAUGAGGGAAGGAGAAGAUGCCUGCAAAGUGACUGGGAGAGACCUGUUAUUGAAGCACUGAGAAUGAGUCGGUGUCAGUCAAGUGGACAGUUUUUGUAAAUAAACUUUGUGUGACCAGUGUGUUGUUUCUGCCAUAGCUAUCGAAUCCAUAUUGUAUGAAAAGAAGGAAUGAUAUUGUAUAAUAUAGACAAUGGUUCUGGUUUUAGUAAGUGGAUAAACACUGUUCCAAUCUUCCUAGAAGGGUGUUGCCUUUUUCAGUUCUGACUGUCAUUGGUACAAAUUCUAGUAUUAUGGUCUUGCCAGUGCAGAUGACUUUUUUUUUUUUUUUUAACCUUUUAAACAAAGCCCAUUUUUAACCCAGGUGUAAUUCAGCACGUUUUUUAAGUGAGACAUCCAAAUCUUUUCCCAAGAUUUGUAGAGUUUGGUCAGGGACUGCUAAGUGAGUUUGUUGUGUCUUUUGUAUAUAAUUGGCUUCCUGUCUCCAUCCUUCCAUGUAUGCACUUAAAAUAGAAACUGAAUUGUGGGGAAGAUCUAGUAACCUCUUUCCAGUAUGAGUUUUAUCUUUCCCUGCCCUUUUUGGCAGCAACAAAGCCGUAUUUUGAUUUCAUGUAAGUGUAUGUUGGUCUGCUCUUGACCCCCAUCUGGUUUAAGUACCAGCUCUGCUUACCAUCCCAGAUUAUUAUUCACCUUACCAAUAACACAGUGGGCAAGUGUUUCAAAUCCAUGUUCUCUAAAUUGUCAUUAGCACGGUUUCUUUCAAAUAGUAGAAAUGCUCCUAAUAAUGUUACCAACCCACAAAUAAAUAAGACAUUUAGUUUAAGGGCUUGUUUUGAGUCUACAAUUGUUUAUUGUUUGGUUAAGAAAUGCAAAUUAUGUAAGGAUUGCGCACAGCUUAUGUAAAGAAUGGUAUUUACCUGCCGUUCUGCACCCGCUAUCAGAUUUGCACUUUGCGAUCAAUAAUCCAUUAAAAUUAUAUUGAAAUUCAUUCAAAUGAAGAAAAGAGCAUGGAAUUGGGCGGGAUCUGGAUACUAA